AUGGAGGAGCAAGGCCCUGUUAGCAAACUCCGGAAGAUCAUCAAGUUCAUCAGAUCAUCGCCCCAGCGCAGCGAAUCUUUCAAGAUCCUAGCCCAGGAAACUGACAAUCAAGACGACUGGCUGCUCCAUGAAGAAUCAACAGCCGAGUUACAGCUCACUCUCAGCAACGACACGCGAUGGAACUCCACGUACCUUAUGAUCGACAGAGCUAUCAAGAAGAAGAAUCACAUCCAGUCUUUCCUUGUACAGUUCCAACUCUCUGAAGGCGAGGGAUACGGGAUUUCUGCCCAAGACUUUCUUACUGCCGAGGACUGGCGACUGCUUGCUGAGCUGAAGGCGGUAAUCGAGCCUCUUUACUUCCAGACCAUGAGAUGCCAAGGCUGGGGCGAGAAGGGCUCUUUCGGCUAUCUCUGGGAGGUCCUUUCUGGGAUGGAGUUUCUCCUGGAAAAGUUAGAGGACUGGAAGCUCUUCUUCGAUGAGCCAGGAGACGAUGCUAUUAGCCAGAGCCAGGUUCAUCUACCUUGUCGAGCUCUACGCAAUGGACGCAUACGAGGAAAUCAGUCCGCUCGUGUACGAUCUCCCGAGUUGAAUACGCAGGCCUUGCCUCUCCACGUUCAAGAAGAAUUCUCCCUCGGCCCUCCAAGCGUAGCGGCGCGCCUGAACGUUCUCUCUAGCGAUUCGCGAGGCUACCUUCGUCUCUCUAUCACAAACGCGUGGCAGAAGCUCAACGAGUACUACACGAAGCUUGGAGAGUCUCCCCUCUUUGCAGCAGCAAUCAUUUUACAUCCAGGGCGCAGUCUGCGUUGGCUUGAGACUCGCUGGAAUACGGGCGAUCAGCUUGCGUGGCUUCGAGAUGCCAAGGAAGGUCUCGAGGGAUACUGGACAGCGUGGUAUCACGAUCAAGCG